UCCCAGUGACGCAGUUUGCAGCGAGAAAAUGAGACUUUCAGCCGUCCUUUUCAUGAUUGCCAUCUCGGUGGCACAGUCCGGGAGCGUCACACUGAAGACUUUGGUGUUCCCCAGUGAAACCAGUAACAGCUACGUCGAGCUGGUCCCUCUGAAACCGCUGCAGCUGAAGGCCUUCACUCUGUGCAUGCGAGUGGCCACAGAGCUCAGCGGCAGGAGGGAGGUCAUCCUCUUUGCAUACCGGACUCGAGAUGCUGAUGCGCUGAAUGUGUGGCGCGAACUGGACGGCAGAUUGUCCUUCUACCUGAGUGGGGACGGAGUUUUAUUCCGAGUCCCUGAGCUCGGCGCUCUGGAGACCCAUCUGUGUGUCACCUGGGAUUCCAGCUCAGGUGCGGCUGCCCUCUUCAUGAAUGGAAGGAAAAGCUUGACCAAAAUCUACAAGAAGGGUCACACCGUCUGCAAAGGAGGAAGAGUCCUCGUCGGACAAGAUCCAGACAGCUACUUGGGUGCUUUUGACCCAAAGCAGAGUUUCAUCGGGGAGAUCGGUGACAUCAAUAUGUGGGAUUCGGUUCUGUCAGACAGCACGAUCCAAGACCUGGUCUCUGGGAAGGAAGUGCCAAGAGGAAACGUCUUCGACUGGCAAACCACACAGCUUACAAUUCGCGGGAAGGUGGAGGUCAUUAAUCGUGAAGUGUAGCUAUGAGCUAAAGCUUUAAUGGAAAUGUUGUGAUGUCGAGUACGGCAACUUUAAGCUCUGAAAUCUAUCAAGUCUCCAAUAUUCCUGCAUGCAUACAUGAAGAUGAUUUAACGAUGAAAAUACAAAUCUGUCAAUCAAUAUCAAUCAAACUUUUUCUGCUCUAAUAAAGAUUCAUGCAUAAA